AAGAGGAGAUAAGAAAGAAUGGAGGAGAAGCAGAGAGGGGCAGUGUUGGGGAAGUACGAGGUGGGGAAGUUGGUGGGAUGUGGGGCGUUCGCGAAGGUGUACAGAGGGAGGGACACGGGGACGGGGCAGAGCGUGGCGAUCAAAGUAGUGAGCAAGCAGAGGCUGAACAAGGGAGGCCUUAACGUGAAGAGGGAGAUUGCUAUCAUGCACCGCUUGCGUCACCCCUACAUCGUGCGCCUCUCGGAGGUCCUCGCCACCAAAUCCAAGAUCUUCUUCGUCAUGGAAUUCGCCAAAGGCGGCGAGCUCUUCGCCAAGGUCUCCAAGGGCAGGUUCUCCGAGGAUCUCAGCCGCCGCUACUUCCACCAGCUCAUCUCCGCCGUUGGCUACUGCCACUCCCGCGGCGUCUUUCACCGUGAUCUCAAGCCCGAGAAUCUCCUCCUCGACGAUAAGCUCGACUUGAAAAUCUCCGAUUUCGGACUCAGCGCCCUCGCCGAGCAGAUCCGACCCGACGGCCUCCUUCACACCCUCUGCGGCACGCCCGCGUACGUGGCGCCGGAGGUCCUGGCCAAGAAAGGAUACGACGGUGCCAAAAUCGACGUGUGGUCAUGUGGAGUGAUACUGUUCGUGCUCAACGCAGGGUAUCUACCGUUCAACGACCAUAACCUCAUGGUCAUGUACAGGAAGAUCUACAAAGGCGAAUUCCGCAUCCCCAAGUGGACCUCCCCUGAUCUCCGCCGUCUCCUCACUCGCCUUCUCGACACCAAUCCACUCUCCAGGAUCACCAUCGAAGAGAUCAUCCGCGACCCCUGGUUCAGACAGGGCUACGACGACCGCAUGUCCAAGUUCCACCUCGAGGACUCCGACAUGAAACUCCCCGCCAACGAGAUGCGUAUGAACGCCUUCCACAUUAUCUCCGGAUCUCCCGGUUUCAAUCUCUCCGGUCUCUUUUCCGGAAAGUUCGAUCGAGUGGAGCGGUUCGUGUCGGGUUGGGCGGCAGCGAGGGUGGUUGAGAAGCUGGAGGAGAUGGCCGCUGCGGAGAAUCUGACCGUGGCGAGCAAGGAAGCGUGGGGGAUGAAGAUACAAGGGGAAGGAGGUUCCUUCGCGAUGGUUGUCGAGAUUAAUCAGCUUACCGACGAGCUGGUGAUGAUCGAGGUGAGGCAGCGGCAACGAGCUGGAGGAGAUAUUUGGUCAGAUACACUGAGGCCUUUCCUCGUGGAGAUUGCUCACAAACCGGACGACACGGUGGCCGGUUUACAGACUACCCAUUACCAGGAAGGUGCUUCUUCUUUGCGUGACGUGAAUACGACGACUUAG